AUGCUGAAGGAGCUCCAGUUCUCCCUGUCUAUAGCCCUGCUGCUGGCCUGUGGCUUCCUCUACCGGCUCACCCUGAGGUCCUACUGCCUCUUCUCCUGCCUGCCUUCCUCCAAGUCCCAGCAGGGGCUGGAUGCGCUCCUGAGCCAGGGACACAGCAUUGUGUUUGUGGAGACUUCGGAGAAGGUGGAGCCACCCCCGCUGGUAUCCUGUGCUGUAGAGUCUGCCGCCAAGACUUAUCCUGAGCAGCCCGUGAUCUUCUUCAUGCAAGGGCUCCACAACUCCACACAGCUGCCCUCCAACUCCAGUUCCUCAGCCUUCUCCCUCCUCUCAGCAAUAGACAAUGUUUUCCUCACCCCUUUGGAUAUGAACAGGCUGUUUGAAGACACGCCCUUGUUUUCAUGGUACACUCACAUCAACAGCAAAGCAGAGAGACACUGGCUCCACAUCAGCUCUGAUGCCUCCCGCCUGGCCAUCAUCUGGAAAUAUGGCGGCGUCUACAUGGACACCGAUGUCAUCUCCAUCAGACCCAUCCCUGAGGAAAACUUUUUAGCUGCACAGUCUUCUCAGGUCUCUAGUAAUGGGGUAUUUGGGUUCUCACCCCAUCACCCCUUCUUGUGGGAAUGCAUGGAAAAUUUUGUUGAGCACUACAACUCAGACAUUUGGGGUAACCAAGGUCCCCUUUUGAUGACGAGGAUGUUGAGGCUGUGGUGCAAACUCAGAGACUUCCAAGAGCUCAGUGACCUCAGCUGUCAGAACAUGUCCUUCCUACACCCCCACAGAUUUUAUCCCAUUUCCUUUGCACAGUGGAGGCGCUACUAUGAAGUCUGGGACCCGGAACCAAGCUUCAAUAACUCUUACGCUCUGCAUCUGUGGAACCACAUGAACCAGGGGAAGAGAACUGUUAUUAAAGAGAGUAACACCCUGGUGGAAAAUCUCUACCGCAAGUACUGUCCUACAACUUACAGGUACCUGGUUCAAGGCCCAGAAGAGAAGGUUCAGUGACCGGGUCCAGGUAACAACAGAGCCAACCCUGAGUUGCUGCUAUUAGUGAAACUGGAUGGUUCCUGGACUGCCAUGCUGUCACUGAUCUCCACUGUCUCCGAGGUGUGGGGUUUACCCAGGAUUAGCUUUCCGUCUGUAAGAGAACCAGCCCACGUAGCAGUGGCUACGAAGCACAGAAAUUUAUCUCUCUUAUAAAAAAGAAGUCCAAAGGCCAGCAAUUCAGGGCAGGUAUGGUAACAGUGGUCACACAGGACCCAGGCUUGUUUCUGUUUGUCAUCCUUGGUGUCCACAGUCCAGGGCCCAUGUAUGUUUUGGACCUCUGCCCCAUCAUAUCUGUAUUUCAGGCAGUAGG